AUGGAUAAUUUAGUAGAAGAAUAGAAUUCUACAUAUAAUGAGUAUGAUAACCAGUAAACAGAAGUAAUUAAUUAAAAAGAGGAUUUAACUAAUGAUAUUUAGUAGAUUGAGAAUAAUGAAUUGGAUGAAUAACCAAGAGCACAUAAAAUAGCAGAGGAAUCUAUUGUAAAAAAUGAAAAUGAUGAUAAUUAAUAAAUAAAACAAUUACAAGAAAAUCUAUAGCAUUCACAUCUUGAGCUUGAAAACUAUAUUUAAAAAUAUAAAGCUUUAGAAUGUUAAUUUAGUGAAGCAUAAACUUUCUAAUAAAAAUAAAUUGAAUCACUUCAAGGUUAGUUUGAUCAUUAAAACAAUGAGCAUUAAAGCCAAAUCAAAGAGUAUUAGAAUUAAUUAGAGAGUUUACAGUCAGAAAUUGAGAAAUUGCAGGUUUCAUUAAAAUAGUCUGAAUAAAAAUAGCAACAGCUUUAAGAGGUAUAAUUAGAAUAGAAUAAUCAACAUAGAAUAGAUAUAGAAUCAUUAAUAGAAAGAUUAUAGAAAUCAGAAUCCACUAAAGAUAAUUUAUAAUAAGAAUUGUAGAAGCAUUAAAAUAAUUUAGAAUUGAUCGCAAAAUAAAAAAAAGAAAUUGAAUCUUAUAAAAUACAAUUAUCUGAAUAAAACAAUUUAUUAGACAUAAUCAAAUCAGAUAAUAAAAUAAUUGUAUAGAAUUUAGCUGAACAAUUAAAAAAAGAAGAAUAAAAAACUAAAGAUGCAAAUAAUGAAAAGCUUAAACUAGAAUAGUCUUUAGAAAGAUAAUUAAAUGAAAAGAAUGAAUAAUUAAAAAAGGUGCAGAAUGAAAUUCAUUAGUUGAAUUAAGAAUUAUCAUCCUAAGAGCAAAAAAACCAAAAAAUUAUUAAAUCUUUAGAUGAAUAGAUUGAAAAAGUUAAUAGUGAAAUUAAAGAUUUGAAAUAAAAGUCAUAACAUAUUAAUAACAUAAAUGAAUAAUAGACAAUUAAAUUGCAGUAGCAGGAAGAAAUUAUUUCAUAGAUCAUCAAUGAAAAUUCUUAAUUUAAAGGAUAAGUAGAAGAAUAAUAGAAUCUAGUUAUAAAACUAAAAGAAUAGUGUUAGAAGGAAAUUGAAUAAAAAUCACAUUUUGAUAAAAAAUACUUAGACCUAUAAGAAGAAAAAGAAAAUGCUGAAUUGAGAAUAAAUUAAUUAGAAUCUAAAAUACUAGAAUAAUAGAAUGAGUAAAAAUAAAUUGAAAGUAACACUUUUCAAGAUAUUCAAAAUUUUUAAAAUACAAUAUAAUCUCUCAAUUAGAAAUUAAUAGAGGACAAAUAAAAUUCAGAGGAUAAGAUUUAGGAAUUUAACAAUCUAUUAUAAUAAUAAAUGCAAAAUAAUCAGUUGAUGAGUAAAUAACAGGAUGAUUUGAAAAGUUAAAUUGAACAACUUAAUAUAUAAAAUGAAGAUUAGGGAAAAUAAAUAUAUUAGAAUUCACAACAGAUACUAGAUUUAGAAAAAUAAAUUUAGGAUUUGAAAAUAAUAAAUUAAUAAUCAAAAGAUUAAAAUGAAUAACUAAUUUAACAAAUUGAUGACAAUAUCUCAAAGGCUACGUAAGAAACAGGUGUUUAGGAACAAUUAAAACAAAAAUUAAAUUAAUCUGAAGACAUUAUAGAAUAAUUGUAAAAGGAUAAAAGUUAACUCUAAUUAGAACUAGAAUAACUGAAAGAAGGUAGCAAUUUAGAAAAAGUUUAAAUCUUAUAAGAACUAUCUAAUGCAAAGGAAGAAAUAACAAGUUCUGAUGAAAAAAUUAAAAAGUAAAUAUAAGAAAAAGAAGAAAUGAUAACUAAUUUAAGAUUGGAUAUUGAAGAAAAAUCAUAGCAAACUUCUUAGUUAUAGGACGAAAGCAAUAAUAUACAAUCAAAAUUAUAAUAAUCAGAAUAGAAGUACUCAGAACUUCUAAAGUAAGUUGAAAUCUUAACUUUGUAAAUUCACGAAUAAUAAGAUACAAUAAAACAACUUGAAUAAAUUAAGUCAUCAUUUUAAAAUCAAUUAUUGAUCUGGACAGAAACAAUUAAUUAAAAAAUGAGUGAUUUAGAAUAAGUAUCAUAAAAAAAUGACUCAAACACUAAGUUACUGAGUUAAGAAAUUUAAGCAUUAACUUAAAGAUCAAAAGAUUAAGAAUUACUUAGUGAGGCUUAAUUGGAAAUGGCAUCUCAAAAUGAAAGUUCAAAGGAUAAAAAUAUAGAAUAACUUUAAUAAGAACUUAAAGAAACAAUUGCAAGUUUAGAAAGUAAUAAGUAAAAAUAUGAAGCCUAAUAUAUUGCAUUGCAAGAAAAACUUUCUCUAGAGUACGAUGAAUUGCUUUAAAAUAAAUUAAAUAUCUAAAAAUUAUAACUAAGCAAUUAAUAUGAUUAAUAGAAGUGUGAAAUUACAAAUGAGAUUUAAAUAUAAAAAUAAUUGUUCUUAGAUUGUUAAUAAGAAUUAUAAUAAUUCAAGGAUCAAGAGAAAUUUAAUAUGAAUUCUUAUUAAAAAGAAAUUGAAGAUUUGAAUGAGUUAAUACAUAAAUAAAUGUCUGAGAAAUAAAUUUUGAUUGAGGAAUUGGAAUAAAUACAAAUAAAAUUGAAAGAGCUGGAAAAUUUAAAAUAAGAAAAUGAAACAUUAUAGAACAGUGUUAGAAUAGAAUAAGAAUAAAAAAAUGCUAUGAUUUAACAAUUUUAAAAAGAAAUUGAUAUAUAGAAAUCAUAAAUUAUAGAAGAGUAAAAAAAUAAUGAAUAAAGUUUAGACAAAAUAAAUUAAUUAUAGUAAUAGAUCUAAGAUUUAAUAAACAAACAAGAAUAAGUAAAUAUUGACCUAGAAUAGAUGAAAAUAAGUUUGAAAUAAGUGCAAGAAAAAGAACUAAAACUAGUAAGCGAUUUCAACUAUUAAAGUGUACUGUUAGAAGAAACCUAAUUGAACCUUGACACAAAAGUGCAAUACAUAAAAUAGUAAGAAUAAUAAUAUUCAGCAGAAAUUCAAUAGUUGAAGGAUCAAAUUUUGGGGUUAAACAAUUAAAAUCUUUAAUUGGAAUAAUAAAUACUCUAAUUAUAAAAUGGGCAUGUGAUUGAAUUAGAAUAAAAUUCAAGGGAUGUGGAAUCUAAAAUAAAUCAAGAAAACUAGAAUACUUUGAUUUAAUUACGAAAUGAUUUCGAAACAGCAGCUAUGGCAUUUUAAGAAUAGAAAAAAAGAAUAUAAGAUGAAAAUGAUGCAUUUUAAGUUUAAAUUGAAGAGCUAGUAAUUAAGAAUUUAGAAUAAAAACAAUAAUCAUAAGAAUAGUUAGAGAGAAAGCAGGAAGAGUACUAAUAGGAAGUGACUUUGCUAAAAAGACAAAGAAUGGAAUAAGAUGAAAUGAUAUAAUCAUUACAAAAGUCUUAAGUUCAAUUAAAAGAGAAGGAAAACUAAUUAGAUUAAUUGAAUAUCUCAUUGUCAAUUAUAUAAGAAGAGCUAUAUCAAAUGGAAUAGAAAUAUGAAAAUAAUUUAUUAUCUUAAAAACAAAAGCACGAAUCCUAAAUUGAAGACUUACAUAGAUUAAUAUAGGAAUUGAAAUAAUAAUUGAAUAAUGUUGAGAGUGAAGGAAGAAUGAUGCAAAAUAGUUUAAAUGAGAUGGAGGUGUUGGACUUUAAAUGCAAGGAGCUAAAAACUGAAAAUGAGGAGCUUAAGAUUAAAGUAUAAGAACUACAGACUUAACCAAAUUAAUAGAAAGGAGAAUUUUAGAGUUAUAAUCAUAAUAAUAAUAAUGAGGAGAGUGAUUAAAUCAAAGAAUUGAACUCAGAGAUUUUGAAAUAAAAAUAAGAACAUUUCGAAAUUUAAUAGUAACUUACUCAAGAAAAAGAAUAGUUAAACGAUUAAAUUGCAGUACUUAAAGGAGAGAUUCAGGAAUAAAAGAAGUUAAUUAUACAAUAAUAAGCAUAAAUAUAAUCUCUAACUCAACAACAAUAGGCCAAAUAAAGCUAGGAAUCUUCUAAUUUAAUUAAUUUUAAUCCUUAUUUGUAAAAUCAUUCUUAUCAAUAAGCUUAAACAGGAGAUAAAUAAAACAAUAUCCCUUAAAAAGAAUAUUAGAUAUUAGAGAAAAAGUCAAAGGAAUAAUAAAUACAAAUUUAGUAAUUAUCAAAUGAACUAGCUGCUCUGAAGUCGUAAUAAGAGGACAAAGCGAAAGUGCAAAAUUAGAAAUUAUCAAGAAAUUCAACAUCUAUGGAAACCAUAGUGGAGAAAUGCGCAGCUCUUUAAUAAAUAAUUGAUGAACAAAGCAUAAUUAAUUCAAAGCUCAAUGUUGAGAUUGGUCUGUUUAAAUAGCAAAAUGAACAAUUGAAAGAAGACAUUAAAGUAUGUCAUCAAGAACUAAAGGAGUUAAGAAUAAUUUCUUAAGACAAAUUCAGAUUAGAAAGUGAACUGUAAUAAGCACUUGCUUUAAUAGCAGAGCAACAUAAUACAUAAAAUGAUAGUAUUUAAUUUAAGUAGUUAACCCAAGAAUUAUAAGAAAAAAAUAAAAAAUAAUCUGAAGAAUUAGAAAGUCUAAAGAAAUAAUAGAAAUUAAUAGAGAAGUAGAAAUAAAAGAUUUAAGAAAAACUAAAUGAUGCAAUUGAAGAAUUAGAAAAACUAAAGAAGCUACUCUAAAUUUCAUAGUAAGAAUAAGAUCAAAAAAAUACAAAAAUAAUUGAAUUAGAAAGGUUACUUUAAUCGUAAUUGUAAGAUUUUUCAAUUCUGGAAGGUUAGUAUAAAGAUUCAAUUAAGAAUUAUGAAAUAAUAAAGUAAUAGCUGGAUGAAUUGAAUAUUAAAAGCAUGAGAGAAAUAGAUGAGUUAAACAAGGAUAAUCAAUAGAAAGAAUAAAGAAUAAUAUAGAUGUAGGGAGAUUUAUAGAAUUUAAUCAAGGAAGUGCAUGCAUAAAAGGACUUUUAGGCAAGAUAGAAAUAAGUGUCGAGUGCUCCAUUAACAAAAAAAGAUAAAAUAGUAGUGGAAUCUUUGGCAAAUAGAGUAUAAGAAUUAGAGAUGCUGAAUAAAACAUUAAAGGAUCAAUUGUCAGGGAAAAUAAUUAAAUUGACAAAUGAAUUAGAGGAAAAAGUGUCAUAUAUUCAAUUGUUAGCAUACCAUUUUAGUAAAGCAUAUCCAAAUUUAACUGAGGCUGAUAUAAUAGAAAAAGAGGAUGUUAAAUUGAUUCAGUAAUUGAAGAAGAAAUAAAAUAUCUAAGAAAUAAUAGAAAGAACAAUGAUUGAAAAUUUGUAGUUAAGGGAAUAGAUAAAGUUGUUAGGAGCUGAGCUAAAUAAGAAAAAAUGA